AUGACCUAUUUUUUCACCGCUACGGAGCCGCGCCCGGUGAGCAUCCAAAACCAAUCCGGGGGCGCCAAAUUGGCUGGCAAAAACGCUGCGGCGCCCCCGUCGGCGCCUUCCACAUCCGUCACCCACACGAGUCCGCUGGACGCGCCGCAACAACCGCAACAGAACGGCACCAACAACAACAACCACAACAAGAACCCGCAGCCCUCGACCAGUGCGGGAGGCGGCGGCGGUGGAUGCGAGCGCGCCCUCGUCCCGCCCACCAGAAUGGAUCAGGCGGCGUACUCGGCACGCGCGAUGGUCCACCCCAAUCACAUCAUCUACCGCAAGAUGGAGGCGCUGGUGAAGCAGAUGCUCGACCCCGACUCGGGUGUGCCCAUCAAGACGGUGAAGAGCUUCCUCUCCAAGAUUCCCUCCGUCUUUACGGGCAUGGACACGAUUGCGUGGAUCCUGCGGUCCGCCGAUGUCGCCGACAUCGCGGACGCCCUUCAUUUGGCUCACAUGUUGGCCUCGCACGGCUACAUCUUUCAGAUCGAUGACCACGUCCUCACGGUCAAGAACGACGGGACGUUUUAUCGAUUCCAAACUCCCUACUUCUGGCCGUCCAAUUGCUGGGAACCCGAGAACACCGAUUAUGGUAAGUGAGGUCGAAAAACACUGUUGAGGCAACCCAAUCCAACUGAAAUCUCUCGAUUUACAGCUGUUUACCUGUGCAAACGAACAAUGCAAAACAAAGCCCAUCUGGAGCUGGAAGACUUCGAAGCGGAGAACCUUGCCAAACUACAGAAAAUGUUCAGCCGGAAAUGGGAAUUCGUUUUCAUGCAGGCUGAAGCGCAGUAUAAGUAAGUGGAGCUCGCCGCAAAGUCUCAAAUUUUGCAAGGCAAACGACAAUAGACAAGAGCAGUUUUAUUCAAAGAUCAAAAAACGAAAAACAAGUCCUUUUCCUUACGCUUCCGAUUUCAGAGUAGACAAAAAGCGGGACCGAUUAGAACGCCAAAUCCUCGACUCCCAAGAGCGCGCGUUCUGGGACGUCCAUCGACCGGUGCCGGGCUGUGUGAACACGACCGAGGUCGAUUUCCGGAAGCUGUCGCGCGCCGGGCGACCCAAAUACUCAGCCUCCAAUACGUCCAUGUUGAAUGCCGCCGCCGCCGGAGCGCAUGGCUUCAACAACGUUCUCGACGGGAAUUGCGGAACUUCGGGGGGACAGCCUCAAGUGCUGAGGUGUUCGCCCAAUCAAGAUGCCGUGACCGUGGAGAAGACUCUCGACAAUGGUGGACGACACUACUUGAGGCCGGGGUUACGGAGAUGCACGCUACUACAGGACUCAAUUAAACACGAGGUAAGCGUUGAAGGCAGAAUAGAGCCCCGUUAUCAAAUCCAUGGCCAUUUUGAUGCCAAAGAACUAUGUGAACAUUUCAGAUCACGCUACUGCAAGGACGCUUAUCACAGAACGUUCUAAAAACGUCCAAGAUCUUCGAGAAUUAUCAAACAUACUUUGAGCAACGUAAAUUCUUUGAUUGUUUCAUUUAUCCACUCGGGUCAGCAACAGAUCCCUUCCAAUCUCACGCAAAUCCCUGGAUCUCGGAUACUAUUGAUUUUUGGCAACAUGAUAAAUCGUAAGUUGCAAACUAAUCUCUCAAGAAAGCCUUCCGGACGUGGUUGUUGAAAUACCGCGUCUUUUCUGAAAUUAUUACUGGAUUCUUGACGGAUUUACGUUAUUUCAUAUUCAGGACCGGCGACAUUUCAACCAGACGGCUAAAACUCUGGGAGUUGAGCUUCGAAGAGCUGCUGAAUGAUUCGCUAGGUCGAGAGACGCUUCAGAAAUUCUUGGAUAAAGAAUAUUCGGGUGAAAAUCUAAGGUUUUGGCUGGAGGUAAGCGGUUUAAUAUGUUGUACUUGACCUAAACGGUCAAAUUAUGAUGAAAAGCAACUGAAUACAACAAAUCUUACCUGUUUCAGGUGCAAAAGCUCCGGAAAUGCAGCAGCCGCAUGGUGCCUGUGCUGGUAACAGAGAUUUACAACGAAUUCAUCGACUCAAACGCCACUUCUCCCGUGAACAUUGACUGCAAAGUGAUGGAAAUAACGGAGGAAAACUUGCACAACAAUCCAAACCGGUGGUCCUUCGACGAAGCGGCAGUAAGUUGGGUGUUCUUGCUUCCAUAAAAAAAAACAAAAAAAAACAGUUUGGUAACACAUCUCCAUUCUAGGAGCACAUUUGCGCGCUGAUGAAGAACGAUUCGUAUCAACGAUUCCUUCGCUCCGACAUGUACCGUGAUAUGGUGAACCUGUCGCGGAAAAAGGUGCGAAAGUUUUUAAAGUCUUCGAGCACUCCGUUUUAUAACUACUCCAAUUCUCACUGAGUUUACCAUUUUUCAAACUUUUUUUUUAUUUUCAAUUUUAAUUUUUUCAAACAAAACUUGUAUUCACCAACUUUUUCGACGAACCAAAUUGUAGUGAAGGUUUACAGUGCACAUUCUAGGCAUAUACAAGUAGAAAUUAAUCGAAAACAUCAAAGGAAUCUUGGGAAAUGCAAGAAAAUUUCGAGUAAAAGAAUUUUGAGAGAACGAGUUGACCCAAUGGGUCAAGUGUUGCCGUCGUCGUAACGGAAUCCAGAACUGUCCUAAAACUUGCAUUUCCCGAACUUGAACAAUUACAGAAAUGCCUCUCAUAUUAAUUUAGUCAAUGUGUUUUUUGUAAAAUACGGGUGCAAAUUACGAUUUAUGUGUUUUUUACUAGGAACUAUCCUCAAUGAAAGAAAACUCACAACACUAAAGUAUUUAUUUCAACUUGAAGGGAUUUGAAGUCUUUUUAGGACAUCCGUAUUUAAAUUCAAGUGUUUCUUCAAACCCAUAAUUGAUUUAUCAACAUUUUUGUAUAGUGCAAUAUCCAAAAAAGCUUUCAAAAUCCUUCGAAACGUUAGAAACAAAUGUUCUCACCGAAAAAUUGAAACACUUUACUAAUCCACCGCUGCUUCUAUCUGUUUUUUCGAUCUAGCAUGGUUGUUGAAUGUAUGUCCACUUUCCUAACUCUGUUCUAUCGCUUUGACUACCGUAACCCCGCAUACUGUAGCUUCUUUCUGUUCCUUUUUUGGUUCGAUUUUGGUUGAUGUGUUAGUUUGGGAGGGGAUGUUUUGUCAUCAUAGAUGAGUAAAGAAUAUUUUGGUUGGUUAACACGAUUAUUUUUGGGAUUUAUAUAUUAAUUUAUUGUAGUUAGUUAAAAUUUUUGUGAUUUAUCAGCAAGACACCGUAUUUGAUUUGGGUACUCCUCUCCCACGCUAAUUGCAGAAGCCAAAUCGGCCAAUUCACACUGUAAUUUCCAUGAAAUCCUGUCCCUAUACUUACUUUCUGUCUAUCGUUUUGUUAUUUCCAGUCCUUUGACUCUCAGUUUUGGUUCCAUUUUUAUGUUUUCCGAGCAAUUGUAAGAAUCCUCCAUCUUCGAACUCUUGAUUGUAAUAAUUUCCAUUUGUUAUUGUAAGAAUUUUAUAUUUUGCCAAUGAACCUUGACGAAAUUCUUUUGGUUGAAUUCCUUUUUGGGCAUUUUGUUCGGCUUGAACUUGAGUUGAGCGGUAACGGUGCAAAAAGUUGCUGCCCUCGGGGCGCAAAUAGAGAUUGCCUUAAUAGAAGAGCCGUUAUCGAAAGUUUUAUCGCUGGUUGCAAAAAUUUAACCUUGCUAGCAGGAGUUAACGACGCUAAUAAUACUUACAAUAUAACAAGGAUAACAUUUUUUUACCAUUUUCUUUCUACCUUCAUUAACAACAUCUGACUAGUUCGCUGUCUUGCAUCCGUUUUUGAGUCGUAUUUUAGGCAGUGCUUCUUCUUUCGUGAGUGCUCUUUUAGUUGUUGUGCCGUGUGCUGACUUCCGAUCGUGUGUGACUGUGCGCACGCUUCUCGUUUUGAACCCCUCGACUUCCGUUUAAGGCCGCUUCUCGUCGCUGUCACUUCCACGCUAAACGAAUGGCCAAGGCUUCAGAGAAUCCCUGUUGUAGUUAGUGGAAUCGCUUGUUUCAUAGGAAUUUAACAAACCGAUGUUUCCGGGCUUUGCUCUUGAUACUUCGUUUGGCUAAAACAAAGAAGACCCUGCCAUGCGACAAUUGCAUUUACUUUAAAUUUUACGUGUCUUUUCGCACAGGCUACUUAUUAUACUAUGAAAAUUUCAGUUAGCAUUUUGAAGCCGCAGCUGAGAUAUUUAGCGCUCUUUUUUGCGGGUAAGAAAUGAUGAGGGCUGGCUAGAGAAAAAGGUUGCCAGUUAUGAUCUUCCCAUAGGUUGAGGAGAGACAAGGAACCGUAUCUCUGUUUGAAGCCACCUUACCCCUGUCCCUUGAACUUUGAGCCGAGCCAUUCGUCUAGCCCAAUGACUAACCCGUGUGCCACCUCUCUGUCGCUUUUCUCUGAUUUGCCCAUUUUGGCUGCUCUCCCUUCCUCCCCUAACAUACGAUAUACGGUCGACGGUUGUUUUCAUUUAAUUUUGCAGAGCUCCUUAAGUGCGCUGAUUUCGCGGAAGACGUCGCGGAAGGUGCCGGCACCCCGGUCGCUCUCCUCCAAAUCGGCCACCUCGACGGGUUGUGGUGCGGGUACGGUGACGGGUGCGGGUGGUGGUGUGGUGAAUGCGGGCGGCGGCGGUGGCGGCGGCGGUGGCGGCGGCGGGCUGGGUUCCUCUUCGCUGAACUCCUCCUUCACCACCGACUCGCUGCAGCAGCAACAACAACAACAGCAGCGGGGCGUGUCGCCGUCGGCGGUGUCGGCGCUGCUGGGCAACUCGGCGGCGGCGUCGUCGCCGAUGGGCCGCCCGGGCUCGUUCCGUUCGGCCGUCCCCUCACCCAAACACUCCACCGCCUCGGAGCCCGCGCGCAAGGCCUCCAUGAACCCGCAACAACCGACCGCCAGUCCGACGCCCUAUCUGCAGCUCCCCACCAACUGA